UGAUAGGCUACAGUGGUACCUGAGUGACAGGUAUCAGUGAGUUGUGCGCGAACAACCGGAUUAUUCAGCAAACUAACGGAAAAUAAUUAAUGUUCGUUUUUAUAGCUAUGCUGUAGAUAGGUUUGUGUCGUACACUGAAGGUCAUUUUGUGAUAUUAGCCCACCAAGCAGCCUAGUGUGCGGUAGGUGGCUAGCUGGUUAGCUAACGACAGCGUCACUAGCAGAAAAUCGGAAAUAGACGCCGCGGUUAGCAGAUAAAAGGUGCCACUGCUGCCGGUAACUGUCUGUGAAAUAAACCACCAGGAGUGCCACGAUGAAUGUCGCUAAAAGUGGUUACCGCGUCUUUUCAGCUAACUCGUCCGUAGCAUGCACAGAGCUAGCCAAGAAGAUAACGGAGCGGCUGGGAGUUGAACUGGGGAAGUCUGUGGUCUUUCAGGAAUCUAACAGAGAGACUAGAGUGGAUGUAAAAGAAUCUGUUCGUGGACAAACUAUCUUCAUCAUCCAGACAAUACCAAGAGAUGUCAACACAGCCAUCAUGGAGCUGCUGGUUAUGGCUUACGCCCUCAAGACCUCUUGUGCAAAGAACAUCAUUGGAGUUAUUCCGUACUUCCCCUACAGCAAGCAGUGCAAGAUGAGAAAGCGGGGCUCAAUAGUGUGCAAGUUGUUAGCUUCAAUGCUUGCUAAAGCAGGAUUAACACACAUCAUCACCAUGGACUUGCAUCAGAAGGAGAUCCAAGGCUUCUUCAGCUUUCCAGUGGACAAUUUACGUGCCUCCCCUUUUUUGAUUCAGUACAUCCAAGAGGAGAUUCCCGAUUACCGAAAUGCCAUCAUUGUGGCAAAGUCCCCAGCAGCAGCUAAGAGGGCUCAAUCCUAUGCAGAGCGCCUGCGUUUGGGUCUGGCUGUGAUUCACGGUGAAGCUCAGUGUUCAGAGUCUGACAUGGCUGAUGGAAGACACUCACCACCAUGUGUACGCAACACAACAGGACACACAGGACUGGAGCUACCUUCAGGCAAACAACAAGCCCCGUUCCCUGGCAUAGAGCUCCCAAUAAUGAUGGCCAAGGAGAAACCUCCCAUUACCGUUGUCGGAGACGUGGGAGGGAGAAUUGCCAUCAUUGUGGAUGACAUUAUAGAUGAUGUAGGAGACUUUGUCGCAGCUGCAGAGAUCCUGAAAGAGAGAGGAGCCUAUAAAAUUUAUAUCAUGGCCACACAUGGUUUACUGUCUGCUGAUGCUCCCCGCCUCAUAGAAGAAUCUGCCAUUGAUGAGGUGGUGGUGACCAACACAGUCCCCCAUGAAGUACAGAAGCUGCAGUGUCCCAAAAUCAAGACUGUGGAUGUCAGCAUGAUUCUGGCUGAGGCUAUCCGCCGCAUACACAAUGGAGAGUCCAUGGCCUACUUGUUCCGCAACAUCACUGUGGACGACUAGACAGUGUCAGACAGUGAGGCCUGAGGUGGGUCUGAUAGUGACUGAAGGCAGGUGCAUUUCUUCCCAGUCCUGUAAAAACUUGCUAAUGCCAUGUUCAGUGUCUUGUGUAUGUGAGGAUCACAUGUAUCCUAAAUAAUUUAAAGAAAUUGAAGUUUAAGAAUUACCCAAAGUUAUUUAUCUUCUUAUCAAAAGUGGUAAAAAUAUAUUUCUUUCAUUCAUUUGAGAAAUGCAUCUUGUCCUUAUCACAUAAGGAUGAUAAAAUAGCAAAUAAGUGACUUGGAGCUUUGAUGCAUUCAGUCAUAUUUUGAAGCCUUGGUUCUACCUGCUGUUCUCAUUAAUAAUCCAACAUGAACAAAAGAUGCUUUGUAUUUAAAAAGAUAUUUUGUCAUACACUGCAGUACCUCAUAUUUUAAUGACUGAGCUUCAUCUGCAUAUAAGAAGAGAUAAAAAGAAAGAAAGAAAAAGAGAAAAUGUCUCCAGUCACAGGAGUUUGUGCAUUUAAAGGCGCUAUAUGUAAGUUCUUGCUGUUGCUACAUUGCCAACAUUAGCAUUAACAGCUGUUUACAUACUAGUCUAGAAGAAAUGUUGCGAGUUCAGCAUCAAACUUAAUUUGUUUACUUGCCAAGAGCUGUCUCCAGCUGUGGAACACAACCCUCUUGUUUUGCUUCUAUUUCUAUCACUUCUUUCAUUAGCAUGCUAACUAGCUAGCCCUCGUCCAGACGGGCCCCCUCUCUCAUCACUUUCGGAUCCCCAUCACUGUAGUGUCCAAGCUGCCCUGGAGAAGCAGCACAAGUCAGAGGGCAUAUUAUAACCUCUUGUAUUUAUAAACACAGCAAUGGCUGAAGCUCUUGGUAUGUGACCGUCACCACAGACUGCUUCCAAUAAGAAACCACAUUCGGUCGCAGAAAAAACAAACGUGUAGCCCCUUUAAACUAUUUCCCGAUGCUCUUGCUGGCUCUCGCAAUCAGGGCUGCAUAGCACUGUGAUGUUUCAGACCAUAUUAAUAAGACUGGUCGAACUCCUGCUCACUGGUGCUUAGACUAUAUUUUUAUGCAGCUUUUUUGCGCCAUUUUUGGGAAUGUUUGGUAAAAUGUCCUAUGUGGCAUAAGAGGUCUUUCAUCAUCUGCAAAAAUAAAUGGGCCAUCCUUUCUUAUUAGAUGGUCAGUUCAACUAAAUUGUAACAACUUGUGCCUCCUAAUAUCUGUCCAAGAAGCUAGAUUUUAUUUACAGCUGUUUUAAGAGAUCUGCUUCUGAGAUUCCUGCUAUUACCCCAGUGCAAUGGAGAUGAGUGAAACCUUUGGUGUUCAGCAUCAAUACUCUGGUUUUUAGCUCAAAUAAUUGGCAAAAUGAUAUUUUAAACACUGCCAUGUUCACAGUGAGGCAUCUGGGUUAUGCAAAGACAAGAAUUUAAAAUAUUUUUUUUUGUGAUUGGGUGAACUGACACUUUAAGAUUAUAUAACUAGAUUUCUGUGCAUAUUUUAUCAGGCUGAUGGUAUCUGUUAUCUGACAGUGACAACUCACCGCAUGUGAGUUGCACAAAUAGCUAAAAGCAGGACCAUUUGAUUUUCUACAUAUUUUAGCCUGUUUACUACUAAUCACAGAGAUUCUACAUUAUUGUUGUUUUUCAAAACCAGAAUAAACUUGCAGGAAUUUGCUUUGGUUUGGUUAAGUUAUUGCUAUUGUUACAGUACUGUUAUCUGGUGAUGUGAUUGAAAGUCUGGAGUGAUUUGAAAAGUCUGCUGGGUAGUGGAGCCAUGUUCACAUUCCCCUUAGAAGGUGUCCAUGUGCUCAUUUUUUUCCUUCUAAAUCUGAAUUUUGAGCAACAUUGUUCAUGACAGUAGUGCAGGUCUUCCUCACUUGAAUCUACCAGGCCAGUAGACUUUGAAUUGAUCCAUACUUUCAGGUGCAUUACAUUGAAGUAAUGACUUUGGCAAAAUCUAAUAUGGUGGGCUACUUAAGUUGUUUUUUUUUUUUUCUUUUUUUUUUAAUGCAGCACUAAAGUGAAUGGAAACCAAUGUGUGUCUGGAAGAGGACAUGUGCACUGAAAAACUGAAAAAUUGUGAGCAGCAGUUUAUAGUAAAUUGACACAAACAUGUGAACAUCAGGAUGGUCUGGACGUUGGUCUCUAAAUUCCUGUGGUGUCUCCCUGUAAGGACCUACACUUUUGAACAUGUGCACCUUAUUGUGGCCUCUGAGUAAAUUUCAGAGUGAAGCUCAAGGGGAAAUAAGUUUAUUUCUAUGCCAAUUGAGCCUUUUGCUCAGGGAAAUAUACUUUAUAAGCCAAUGCACACUUAUUUGUUUUUGUGUUCUUGCAAGAAAAAAAAAAAAGUUUGUUGAGAACGUCUUCCAUACAGCUGUACUGCACGCCUUUUGCUUUUUACCAUUGGUUUAGUUUUGUUAUAGGUACUGUGUCAUGGUUUGGUGUUUGACAGCUAAAGAUGCACACCCUGGUGUUGGACCUUGUCUGUAUCAAACGUUGAAGCUAUGCCAGCUCAGAUUUUACAUGUCAUUAGCAUAUUUCAUGAUGUCCUCUCUGUAUGUACUCUUCCCCUGACUUAUCUACGAUGUCAAGGACGUAUACUUCAAAUACCCUUCUGUCUGCCUCUACAGCAUUUGUCAAUGUCUAUGAAAAUAAAAAGGUUUCCUCUUGUGCCUUGUCUCUAGAGGAAAGUCAAACUUU